UCUCCCGCAUCCGAGUCAAUGAACACUCUCUCCCUUCCUACUUAUAUGCCCUUCAACCCUGCAUCCGGUCCGCUACUUGCGCCGUCUCAAGUAGUACUGCUUACCAUCCAUCUUGAUCUGGCAGCUUCAUUCCACCGGAAGGUCCCUUGUUAUCUUCCCUCCAUGUUUGUUUCUUUUCUCGUUCCGAUAGUGUUGAGCUUUCGUUGCUGAGGGGUGGUGCCUUUAUUUCCUAGGCAACGAUUGAUCAUGGGCGGAGGGCGGAGACGGCGACGGCGACCGGGCGGUGUUGCCACGCCCUGCCCUUCCCAUGGCGAUAUUACUCUUGCUCUCGUCGGCAAAAUUGGCUCUGGCAAGAGUGCCACCGCAAACAGCAUCCUCGGGGACGAAGCGUUUGCAUCGAAGCUCUCCUAUCGCGGCGUCACCAAGACUUGCCAGAACAGAAGUAAAUCCUUUCACGAGGGCUGUGCGUCCCGCACCCUGAAUGUCAUCGACACUCCUGGUUUCUUUGAUAUGGAAUCCACCACUGAAGAUGUUCAGAAGGAGAUAGCUAAGUGUAUGGACAUGGCGAAGGAUGGGAUACACGCAGUACUUCUGGUUUUUUCAGCUGCGUCUCGGUUUUCUUGUGAAGAUGCAAAUACAAUUGAGUCUAUUAAACUGUUUUUUGGCGAUAAAAUCCUUGAUCACGCAAUAUUAGUUCUUACACAUGGAGAUGAAGUAGGAGGGAUGAUUGGUUUGAAAGAAAUGUUAUCUGAUAGUGCCACACCAUUUCUUCAGGACAUGUUAAGGCGAUUUGAAAAUAGAGUUGUUCUCUUUGACAACAAGACCAGUGAUUCUGAGCUCCGCCAAUCACAGAUCAACAGUUUGUUUGAUGCUCUGGACUUUGUCUUAUCAAUUAAUGAUGAGAGACCAUUUUCCAAUGAGAUGUUCUUAAACAUCCAGGAAGCGCAUCAAAUGUUCAAGCCACAGAGAGAGAUAUACGAUGAAUACCUUAUGCAUAUCACCAAGAUGGUGGAGGAAAAGCUCAACUGCACAAUUGAGAGGCUGGAAAAACAGCUUCAAGAAGAGCAGAAAGCAAGGCAGUAUGCGGUGAAUAUAAUGGCAGACCAGAUCCGUAGUCUGCAGGUAAACCUAGAGAAGGCUGAAAAUGAUAGGAAAGUUGCCGAGGAACGCCUCAAGAAAGUUGAAUAUGAUAGCACAGUUGCUCGAGAAAACGAAAAAUUAAAGAACGAGCGUUGCAUCAUUCUGUAGGAUGAUGAGCACUGGGAAAUUUGCAGAACUGACGAACGUCUCAAGUUGUUAACUGGAAUCUUUUGUUACUUUUGAUGGGACACUUUUGAUUAAAUUGAUUGCUACAUUGUUACCGGACCUAAAAAAAUAUCUGUGAUUUAUGCAUCUUAUAUUUAUUCUGUUGUCUCAAAUA